GGGAAGUUAUGCUAUUUAGCAUACAUUGAUUGAAUUAUAGGUUUUGGAUUAUUAUCUGAAGGGGGAAAGAGUUAAUUUACAAAUCUUAUUUUUAUUUAUAUUAAUUUGAUGUAAUUUGCUUGGACUGAUGCUGAAGUAGAAAACAAUAAUAAAUGGAAUUAUGAUGAUGAUAGACGAUUAGAAGAAGCUUUUAAGUUAUAUGGACCUUAGUGGAAGAAAAUAGCAGAAUAUUUAUCAGGGAAAACGGAUUAAGAAUGUGUUCAAAGAUGGACUUAAUUGAAGGUAAAACUUACAUGUAUUUAGUAAGAGUGGCAAGAAGACUCCAUGGACCAAGGAAGAAGAUGAUAUGUUGAAAGAGCUAGUGUAAAAAUAUGGGGAAAAUUGGAAUGAAAUUGCUUAAAUUAUGAAAAACAGGACUGGAAACUAAAUUCGAAAUAGAUAUAUCAAUCAAAUAAUUGCCCCACCUGCAAGACCAUGGACUCAAGAGGAGGACGAUUAAUUAAUGGUCUUGUAUAGACAGUAUGGAGCGAAGUGGACUUAGAUCGCUAAACUUAUGAAAGAUAGAUCGGUAAUUAUUAAUGUUAAAUUUAGGAAAUCAUGGUUAAGAAUCGAUUCUACACUAAACACAAGGAUCAAAAUUACAAAUUAGGCUUAGUAAUAUUUAAAUUUAAUUUAAUAGAAACUUUAGGUCUCUGAUUAAGAAUUUGAAAAGUAAGAAGAUCAAGAAAUCAAGACUAUUAAAACUGAAUCAUCUUGCAAAUAAGAAAUAGACUAAUUGGAACCAUAAAUACACAAAAAAAUUGACAUUAAAUCAUCAGAGUAACAAAGGGAUUCAAAUGUUCGUUAUCUAUGUCCAAGAGAUUUCCUAUUUAAAUUUGAACAGAUGUUUGAGUUAAACCCAGGAGAACCAAAGAAGAUAGUUUGGAUUCCUGUCCCAGUCAUUAGAUUGAUUCCAAAGAAUAUUAGGACCGAAAUUUAAAGUGCAAAGAAUCCAACGGAGAUCUUAAAAGAGGAGGAAUAAUGA